AUGAUCUACGUCGUAGUUUUACGCAAAGUCCAGUCCGAGCUCCGGCGCCAGGUGGCCACGGCCAACGCCGCCGCAGAGGCCCUGCGGGACGAGGUAGUUGCUUGUGAGGAGGCGGUGGCCAUGGAGCGGCAGCGAUCCCUCCGCCUGGAGGCCGAGCUUCGGGAGAGCCGAGACGAGCUCGCCGACCAGAAGGCUCGCGUGCAGGCCUGGACAGGGGAUUUUGGGGCAGCCUUCCGAUGGCAUCUCUCCAAGCUCAGACGGCUCUGGCAACGAGAGGUGGUCGUAGAUGUUACCGGUUUGAACGUGCUCCUGCGGCAACGGACGCCACUUCCUCCAUGUCCUGCCCGGACAACCAUGGCAGCAUCAUCGGCGUUGACGUGGAUGGAGACCUACUUGUUUGCAUUGAAGAUGGUCGGGGAAGGCUGA